CAUAAUUUGUAAUUGAAGGGUGAGGAGGCACCAAAUAUGAUUGAAUUUUACAAAGAAACACAUUGGUCAAGAGAGAAAGGGAAAUUCAUCAAUGCAGCAAGUGAACACAACUAUAAUCUGAUGUUAGAGAGGUUGAAUGAGAAAGGGACAGAAGAGGAUCAGGAUGAUGAUGCUAUUGCUGAUGUAUUCAAAGAGCUCUUAGGCUAUAAAUCUGGAUAUGCACUUGGGCUGGGCCACUCAGUCAUUCCUCAGCCCUCCCCUUUUAUGCAAAAGAACAAGACAUUUAAACGAUUGGCGGAGGAGAAUGAAAGGAACAAGACCUGUGCAAACCAUUACAAGACUCAACUAGAGUCACUUUUGGGUGAAAUGGCUGAUUGGCGCAAACAAUUUUCUGAGCAUGACAGACAGAUAAACAUGAUAAGCUUACAGUUAGAGUCAAAUAGGGAGUCUCAACAAGAGACUCUCGGAGAUGCUUAGGCAUCUCUCAUAUAGUUUAGUUUUUUAGAGUGUUGGGGAUUUUUGUGUUUUUUGUUUCCCCUAUGGAAAUGCUCGUGUUAAAUGCCUUUUGAAAGCUGAAAUGUAUUGUGGGCAGGUAAAUGGGGGGUAUUUUGAUAGAAAGGGUGGGAGGUGGUUGGAUAAGUGUGAUUUUGUGUUGGGUAUUGUAACAUGAUAUCUUCAAUUUCAGUAGGUUGUAAGGAAUGUUUGGCGGUGGUCAUAACAAUCAGGUAAUCUUUAUUGUCCUGUCUAGCUGUAUCUUGUCAUAUAGAAUACCAAAAUUGCAUGGGUUUAUAGUAUCUUGUAUAUAGUUUAACUGAGUGUGCACAGUUAACUAAAAUAUUUUGCUACUUUAAUUCAGAGAUAUUGCUGCAUGCAUUAGCUGCAUAUUUGUAAAGGUUCCAGCCAACAAUGGUUUUGUGAGUUUUUGAGGUUGUUCCAACACAGUUAGCAGAAUUUGAGAUCCAAUUCAGAAAAUGGUUAGGAAAAUAUAACUAGAUAGGACCUUCA